CGAUGCUGUCACCCGCUUUUUCUUCGCUAAGGUGAUUUCGGAUCUAGGUCCGAAUGUCCAAUGUGGUUCGAAAGGAGACCAGAACCAGAGACGCGCUUAUCGCCGCGUUCGCUGGUUCAUGAUCAGUAUUCAAGUCCUACUUUGGUUCCUGGGAAGUAGACGAUGUAAAAACGAACACUCUAGUCCUAUUUUGGGUUCCUGGGAAGACCAAGUGAUAAUAGACGAUCGCCAAAAUGAACACUCUAACUACAUAUGUACGUCAAAGCCGUGUACCUUCCGGAUGGCGGACACAGCGUUGGCGAUGCUAAUUGACAGUAGGGCGCUGCAAAUCCAAGCGCCCUUUUCCUCACCCUUGUGAAGAACUAAUACGCAGCGCAGCACUCUAUAUAAUGCCCCUGCUGGCUGAGAUAGAAGGACGUUGCCCCUUUCCCCUUGUAUGGUCGUCCAGGA